UACGUAAUUUCCGCCAUUUCUGCAGAAUAACCGAUAACGUACCAAACGUAUGAGUACGUAAACGUUUCCAUUUAAAUCGCUUUUUAAAAUAUCGAAUAAGUGAUUAAACAAUUAAGCGAUACCUUACAAAUGACCGUCAACCCUGGACAAAUUUUUGGCGGUAUAAAAAGAGCCCGGAGACUAAUUCGUUGAUCCAGAAAUUUGUUGUUUACUGUAUGGUUAUUUUACUGUAUGCGGAACAUAUGCCUGUAUGCUAAAUACAGACUAUAUCCAUAAAGUGACUAUGUGCAGGAAAAAAGUUCGAAGUGACAGACAAUUUGACAACGUGGAUUACACACAGCUUACAGAAACCAAUAAUGAUUUCUUUGAUUCACAAUUUGUUAGCCCACCAGUAAAAAUACCAUGGAAGGCUAUUACGUUAGCAGUUCUCCUAUUCAUUGGAGGCACUAUUAUGCUCAUUAUAGGAAGCUUGAUUGUGAGUGGACACAUUGAUUCAAAAUAUUCAGAUCGGAUAUGGCCAGUGAUAAUUUUAGGGGCCUUGAUGUUCAUACCGGGAGCUUAUCAUAUGAGGGUAGCUAUCUUAGCGUAUCAAAAAGUACCUGGCUAUUCUUUUGAUGAUAUACCUGAGUUUGAUUAAGAUUUGUUACAUCCCCCCCACACACAU